UUACUAAUAGUUGAAGUAUUACGGUAGCAACAUUUGCGGCUGCGUCGCGCAUUGAGCGCCUGUUUUUACGGUAGUGCAUUGUUAGCUGGCUGCUCCCGGGUCUGCCGCGCGGAGCUCUGUGAUGAGCCUCCCCACUGUCGCUGCGCCCACUCCCGGUCACAACGGCUAACAUUCCGCUCUGAAAGCCAAACUCCGGACACCGCGCCGCUUCCCGCCGUUUGCACCAUGGCGUCCAAACCUCAGCCUCCACUGAUGAAGAAGCACAGUCAGACAGACUUGAUAAGCCGUCUGAAGAGUCGCAAGAUCCUCGGUGUUGGUGGCGAGGACGAUGAUGGCGAAGUGCACCGCUCAAAGAUCAGCCAGAUGCUCGGGAAUGAGAUGAAGUUUGCAGUGCGAGAGCCUGUUGGGCUGAGAGUGUGGAUCCUCAUCUCAGCCGUGGGUUUCACAGUAAUGGCUCUGAUGGCACUGGUGUUUCCCAAUCAGCUAUAUGAGGUUGUUUUUGAGGAGGAGCUCUCCACCACCAGCGUCUCCAUUCGCCUCUACGGAGGAGCGCUGCUGAGUCUUGCCCUUAUUAUGUGGAACGGUCUCUACACAGCUGAAAAGGUCAUCAUCCAGUGGACUCUGCUCAGUGAAGCCUGCUACUUUGCCGUUCAAUUUCUAGUGACAUCCAUCACCCUAAUGGAAAUGGGCAUCCUGCCCAACAUGGCCGUUCUCCUGCUCCUCAGUCGGCUGCUCUUCUUGGCGGUCACGAUGGCUUACUACUACCACCUGGGACGUAAACCGAAGAAGAUCUGAGCUGUCUGUGCGCUCCCUUUAAAGAAGGGGACAUUUGAAGACUGAGCACAAACACGAUGAAAAGGUUUGGAUCGAUAUUGAAUGGGGCUCGGAGCGUUACUUUGCCAGUAAAGCCCCCGCCCCCCUCUAUAGGAACCUAACCUAACAUAAUCCUCUGUAUUUAUUAAAUGAGUGUCACAUUACAGACUUUAUAUCAAGAAUGGGAAACCUCCAUAGUGACAUUAUGAUAUUCUUCAACUGGGCUGUACGGUUAAGCCCCGAUGGCACAUGUUCCUCUUUUGUGCUGUGCUCUUUUGUACAGGGCUAGCGGUUAGUCGUUGAUGCCUUUGUGUCUCACUUGGUAAGUUCUACAUGUACAGUGCUGAGUGCAGUCAAACAUCUGAUGAUAUUAUUCAUGUACAGGGACAGGAUAUCCAUAUUUGGUAUUCAGUGAUUUAAAAAAAAAAGUUUGGCGUUUUCUUAACUGUGCUUUCAUUUAUUGAUGGGUGUAAAUGCAUCAUCUUUGUUCAAAUGAACGUGUUUGAUGGAAAAUGCAUUAGCUGCAGGUACAGUAGAGGAGGAUUCAUACAGAAGAAAUGCUGAAUGCCAAAACAUUGUGAUUCAAGUUUUUUUUUUAUUCUCAAAUGUGGACAUUUUCUCAAUUUGCUGUAUGCAUUUCACAGUAAAAUUUUCAUAGCAACAAUUUUCUAAAAUAAAUAUGUUCUCGUGAUAUUUAAAUAAAUGUGAUAGAGACUAGGUAUUUAAGGUGAAGCUUCAGCGUGACUGACCUUUACAGUAAAGCCAGUGUGACCAAUGGAUCGCAGAACAAACCUGAACAGUUUCCAUUCUGGUGAUGUAGCAGGGUUUUUUGUUUCUUUUUAAAGUGCAUCAUGACCUCAGUCUUGCCUUAAAACUUCUUAAAAGAACAGUCUUAAACACUGUACCCUACUUUUUUGUACAUAUGUAAAUAAAAGGAUUUGCUAUUAUAUGGCUUUCACGUGUAGCAAACAGGGAACUCGUUCAGUAUUUCUUUUCAGAUUUCCUCCACUUUCAGUUAGCCCGAACGGAACAAACUUUUGUAGCAGUCUGUGUCCAUUUACAGAAAAAAAGCUGCUGUACAAGUACAGUUGAUUAGUUUGUACAACAUUUAACUUGAAAACUUACAAAAAAAAAAAUUCUCAAUUUUCUUUUGGUAAAUUCUGUACAUAUUAUACCUCUAAGUACAUGAAAAUCAGUCAUAUAAGAUGCUACAGCUCAAACUUAGUCCUUUAUCAGAUAUAAUCUCUCUCUAACCUAAUCGGAAUCCCUCAGACCUUGAUUGUUUCAUUAAUUUAUUUUUGAUCAAACAAAAUUAAAAUCACCCAAAGAAAUCACAUCCAUGUAAAAUAUGUUUGGGUAUGCAGGUCUGAUGGAGAGACUUUAAAACAUGGGUGAGGUCUCGUGCACUCUUGAUAAGUAGUAGGUAGCUUAUUUUUUUUUUUUCUUUUUUAGUGUUUAAUUAGAUGCGAGUCUCCUAAAUAAGAUUGUAUACCCCAAACUUCCAGUGCUGCUCUGUCUUGACUAGCAUGGUAAUUAUGGAGUUCAUGAAAAAUGUCAUUCCAUUUCCGUCAGAGCUACAGGCCUCAAAUGGGUAGCCUUGUGAAAUGUUCAAAGGUCUGCAGGGCAGGUUAUUUUUGGAGAGAGGCAAUUUUCCAGGGGAGGGCAAAUCAAGGGAGGCAGAAAGACUUUCAUCCUCCUGCCGCUCUGUUGUAAAUUAUACCGAAUGUGAUACUGGUUACUAGUUUUCUUAAAUUUUAAAAACAGGAGAAAAAAAAGUUCUGUGGGGCCGUUCUUGUGUCAUUCAGCAUCUAGAAUACUGUUGUAUAUAAAGCAUCUUCGUCAAAGUUUUGAGUGGUAGCAAUGUGUUUUUAUGUAUAUUAGGUAUAUUGUACCUCAUUAAAAAUGUAUGUAUUUACUUAUUCACUUUGAAAUAAAGAACACUAUUGUUUUAUUA